GCUUGACAGAUUUUGUUUUUCAAAGCAUGUUAAUUUGUUUGCAAGAACAAUAUAAAAAGAAUUGAACAUGGGCUCGAAGUCUGGAAGCUACACUUGAUACGGAGCUUUUUAUUAUUAUAAUUAUUAAUGUCAUAAUAUGUUUGCUGCUGCAACCAAAAACUUUGUUAAACAGGUUGGUGAUGGAGGAAGAUUAGUUCCAGUGCCCAGCCUCAGUGAAGCUGACAGAUACCAACCUCUGAGCCUUGUGAUUAAAAAAAGAAAAUGCUCACUUUCAAAAAAAUCUAAAUUUGCUUCAACACCUUUCACAUUAAAAGACAUUCUUCAAGGGGAGAAGGAAAUUUCUGCAGGUGUCUCAUCUUACCAGUUGCUCAACUAUGAAGACAAAUCAGAUGUUUCACUUAAUGGCAAAAGAGGAAAUCAGAUAAUGAAUGAUGUUGGUUUUGAUGUUGCUGGAUCAGAUUCUGUUGCCUUUAAAGCUUCGUUUGGCAUAGUGACCAAACACGAAGUUGAAGUACCAACAUUACUAAAAGAACUUAUGACAAGAAGAAUAAACUUUGAUCAUUGUCUAGUCCAUCAAUCAAGAAAAAGUAGGAUGGAAAUUUUGUGUGUGGUCAUGGAAAGUAUUCGAACUACAAGGCAGUGCUCAUUAACUGUCCAUACUGGAAUGCGUGGAGAGACAAUGAGGUUUCACAUAAUUGAAGAUCAGAAUUAUAAAGGGCGGGACAAAGCCAUUGUUUUUCCUGCACAUACAACUAUUGCUUUUAGUGUAUUUGAACUCUACAUUCAUUUGGAUGGUAAUUUCGAACUCUGUGUGACUCCAAUUGCAAAAGGAGGAUUUGAAAGAGAGAAAUCUGGAUCAUCUUCACUGACCAAAUUAAGGAGAUUAAAGAAUAAUUUGUUUCAUCGAAACAAAGGAGUAGUGGAAAUUGUUGCUAACUCUGAUCCUUACUUGGAGGACCUUUUUGCAGAUUAUUAUGAAAAAGCUGCAAGCAUGACUGAUCUCUCUACAAGCUAUCUCAGAGACGGUUCUCAUAUCCGAAUUAAUUUACUCAAUAACAACAUCCCCAAAGGCCCCUGUGUCCUUUGUGGAAUGGGAAGUUCUAAAAGGGAGACGGUCUAUGGAUGCCUGGAAUGUUCUUUUAAUGGACACAAGUACGUACGACUGCAUGCCGUGCCCUGUUUUGACCUCUGGCAUAAGAGAAUAAAGUAACUGAUCUGGGUAAGUGCCUGUUGUCACAGACAUGGGCAUAACUGUGCCACAACCUUUUCAGAGUUUGUAAAUAUGUCUCCAAUUGUGAAAUGCAAAAGAGUGGAAGGGCAAAAUGUUUCAUUAUGCUGUUAUCUUCCAAUUCUUUGCUUCACAGUCAAUGACCUCUACUUUUAAAUGCACAUGAAUUCCCUGACAUUGCUGUUUUUCCCAGAACCUUCUCACUAUUAUCAUGAUAAUGAAAAACGUACUUGUAAAUAGUAUUUUCAUAAUGUCAAAACAUAUGCUAGAACUUAAUGUUGUUUACACAAACUUGUUGUUAAACCCCCAAAAUGUUGUCUUUCUCUACACUGGCGUAUGAUGGUUAAAUGAGAAUAUUUGUUAAUAAUUUAGUGUUCUCAUUAAUGUUUAAUUGAAGUAUCAGAUUAAAAAACAUGCUAAGACUUAGCUCAGUCUGAUGUUUCAGUUACAAAAUGGAGCAACUGGAACUAUGGAUGGGAGUUUCAUAAUCGGGUGCUGUUGCCAUAUAUCAAGUUAUAAAUAUAUUUAUAUAUAUAUCAUAUAAACAAGUUUGUUUAGAUAAAUAAAAAGUACCAGCCAGUCCCCCUGCUGCAGUUGGAUUUUAUGUCACAGCUGCCCUUAACUUUCUUUUAUGUGCUCAGAAAAAAAACCUGCUUUGCAGAAAAUGGUUCGGGAGCUUAUGAAAAUAAUGGAACUGCUUAUUCCAACAAGACUUAGGUCUUUAACAGGUGCAUCCCAGCCUCAGGAAAUUGAGUCUUUUGAAGACUGGAACACCAGAGAGUUGUGUCCAGGGCUGGGGCAGGGCGCUGUUAAACCUCUCACCACAGUUUUAUCCUGGCAGAACAAAAGCCUUUUUACACCUUUUAAAAUUAUUUUAAGGAUAACCCAGCUAUGGAAGCUUCUUUCACUUGUGCUGCCACUUUCACUGUGUUCAUCUGAUUAUCAGAUGUUGAAAUGAAUACAGACAUUGCUUUUCAUGUGAGAAGAGUGAAGUUUUUUAUACAAGUGUUAUGAUGUGCUCUGCACAAGCAGAACAGUUAACAGAUGUAAGUACUGUCUACUAACUAUUGCUACUUCUUGGUAUUUUUCCAGUGAGGAAAACCAGAAUGACUCCCAAGUAAUUAAGUAAUUGUAGUAUCUGUAAGUAUCUGUAGUAGCUCCCAUCAUCUUCCACCUCAUUCAGUUAAAGGAUGAUAGUGUAGAUUUUUAACUUGGUGCUGCUGAAUAAACUGGCUAAUUUGAUAAUUUCACUAAGUCAAAGUUUAAAAACUGACUGAAAAUACUGCUUUUUCUUCAAUACCAAAUUCUUUUUGUUAAUAUUACAUCAAAGAGGUUAUUUUAAAUGGCUUUAAAAACAUAUUUGUUUUUAUCUUAACAUUCCAUAGACUAAAGUUUGCCUAUUUUAAGGCCUUUUCUAGUUAAGUGCUGCAAAUGGCCUUUCCUCAAGAAGAUAGGCUAGAAGCCUGCAGGGGUCUAAGAGUUGUAUUCCUGGGAUUCUGUUUUCCAUUUUUAUUUUACAGGGGAUUGAGAAGUGUUCAUCAGUUACACUCCAGCUAUGUCAAAGGAUAAUUAAGCUUUGUGUGCUCAAUAGAACAGAAAUAAUUAUUUUCAUCAGUAUCUCACCAAACGGGACUACUGUGCAAUACUGUAGAUUGGAACAUGUAGGAACCACAGAUAGUAGAUCAUGGUGUACUUCAAUUUUAUUUCUUUCUUUUGAAAGAUCUGACACAUUUUCUUAGUUGAAUGUUAAAAAUAAGAUUUUUACAGUCACCUUAAAAGAUAUAAAAAGAUUCCACUAUAAAAAAAAUACAAAAAUUCCAUGAAAAAGUAUUAUUAUUAAGAAUUCAGUGUCCAGAAAACAGCCAAAUAUUUUUUUUAAGUACUUAGAGUUCGUCGUGCUGGUAGACAUUGUACUCCUUUGCUGAUAUGAAGCCAUCUCCAUCAUGGUCAUUCUUCUUAAAUAUAUCAGCUAAGAUUUCAUCAUGGGCAGAGGGAUGACGUUUUUUGCCAUCUCUUGCAAAUUCUUCUUUCAAAUACUGGCUUAUCUAGAAGAAAAGAAGUCAAAUCUUUGUGACUUUUAUGCCUGUAUUCAAUCUAGCUAUCUUCAAGGACACUGGGGGUAUAAUAUAAUAGUAAUAUAUAAUAAUAUAAGUAUAUAUAUUUAUAUAUAUACACAAAUAUAUACAGUUUGUCUACAGGAAAUGUGAGACUUAUUAACCUAUUAAAGCAAAUUUCAGCAAACUACA